AUGCUUUAUAUCAGAGGAAAUCAAGCCUAUAAAAAGGGGGAUCUGUCUACGGCUGAGAAUUGUUACAAAGAAGGAUUGAGUUGUGUAUCUAAAGUAGAAGCAUCUCGGAGCUGUCUCAGGGCUUUCCUGCUAUGUUAUAGCAACCUUGCUGCCACACACAUGUCUCUUGGUAGGAUGAGAGAUGCACUGGAGGAUUGUAAGAUGGCUGCGGAAAUAGAUCAAAAUUUCCUCAAGGUGCAACUUAGAGCUGCAAAUUGUUACCUUGCUCUGGGGGAAGUUGAAGGUGCAUCACAGAAAUUUAAAAGAUGUUUGCAAUCGGGAACUGAUGUUUGUGUUGAUCGAAAAAUUGUGGUGGAAGCCUCUGAUGGCUUACAAAAGGCACAGAAGCCUGUUAGAGCAAGCUGGUUUCACAUAGAAUUUAUCAGUACCCUUCUACAUGAAAUCUUUCAAGGGUUUAAAGAACAUGCCUGCAGUGUGGAGAUUAUACUUGACCUGCUCGGACAGUGCGAAGAACCCAAAGUUGGAGAUUUUGAGGUUGUCAUUGCCAUCAAGGAGGAGUUUCUGCAACUUGAGAUUUUCUUUGUGCAACUCUGCCCCCCUGUGGUAGAGCCGAAAAUGGAGACCAACUGCUGGAAGUAA